UCUUGCGUCGCGCCGGGGCUUGAGCCUCCCCCGUGGUGACCAGUGCCCAAGGAGGGAGGACGAGACCUCCGGCCCCCGUGAGUUGCUCGUCCCGUUUCUUCCUGCGAUGCCUCCAGACCUCUCUUCUCCGGGGAUGCUGCUGAGUCUUCUCUGAUCAGGAAUGUGGGCGAGCUGUAGCGCAGGCCGCCCUUCUCCUCCCCGGCCCUGCCUUCCAAAGACUGCCCUUCCCAGGAAGAGGGAGCUUUGACAAGGUGGGAAUGGCCCCGGCGUUCUGGCCGGCUCAGGCUGGACAGGAAUCUGUGACAUUCACUGAUGUGGCUGUGGAUUUCACCUUGGAAGAGUGGGCACACCUGGACCAUUCCCAGAAAGAGCUGUAUAAGGAUGUGAUGUUGGAGAACUAUAAAAACCUGCUAUGCCUUGGACUUGAAGUUUCCAAACCAGAUGUGAUCUCCCAGUUGGAACAAGGGGAUGCACCAUGGAUGUCAGAGGGAGAAGUCCCAAGAAGGAUCUGUCCAGAUUGGAAGACUAGACCUGAAACCAAGGAAUCAGCUGUACAACUGGUUAUUUCUAUAGAAGAAUCAUCCCAGGGAAGAUUCAGAAGGGAUGAUCCACGUGUUUUCAAAUUGGGAGAAGCUUGGGAAUGUGAUGCCAUGUUAGAGAGGCAACGGAGUAAUGAAGAGAAACAUUGUAGGCAAGUAAAAAUCAUUCAGAAGAAACAAUCACCAAACAUUUAUUAA